UAUUCAUUCUUUUUGUCCUAUUCCAUCCAAUUGGAAAACAGGCGAGUUUGAUCAAACUCCAUGAGUCCAUGGCUGCGGUGGACUACCCAGAACCCCUAUUUUGCAACCGUAAAACAGUGUCAGCCACUCGGAAGCUUUUGCAAUGGAAGAUACGGCCACUAACAGCACUCAUUUGUCGUCGAAGAACAAAGAGAAGGAUGCCAAAUUAAGGUUUCACAAUUGCCCCGGCUGCAAAAUCGACCGUCUUAAAGAGGAACGAACUGGGUUGCCCUAUGCACACCUUUCUUAUAUCUGGCUCGUUUCCCUCUGCACCGCUCUGCCAAUUUCUUCUCUCUACCCGUUCAUUUACUUCAUGAUUAGAGACUUUAAUAUUGCAAGUCAAGAGGAAGAUAUUGGUUACUAUGCUGGAUUUGUGGGUUCUUCAUUCAUGAUUGGAAGAGCCUUGACUUCUCUGUUUUGGGGAGUGCUUGCUGAUAGAUAUGGGAGAAAGCCUAUAAUACUAAUUGGCACAUUUUCAGUGUUCAUUUUCAACACGAUGUUUGGACUCAGUUCAUCCUUCUGGAUGGCAAUUUCUUCAAGGUUUCUCCUUGGAUGUUUUAACAGUCUACUAGGAACAAUACGGACAUAUGCUUCUGAAGUCUGCCAUGAGGAGUACCAAGCUUUGGCAUUAUCAAUUGUGAGUACUUCUCGAGGAAUUGGCUUAAUUAUUGGUCCUGCUAUUGGAGGUUUCUUUGCACAGCCUGCUGAGAAAUACCCACAGUUUUUUUCUGAAAAUUCUUUGUUUGGAAGGUUUCCAUACUUUUUACCAUGUCUUAUUAUAUCCAUCUACUCAUUGGCUGUAUUUAUUUCUAGCUGGUGGCUUCCUGAAACACUGCACAAACAUGGCAAUGCAUCAGAAGUAGAAGCUUCUGAAAGUUUACUUGGUCAAAAUGAGGAAAUAGCUUAUACAGAGAUAUUUUCUUUGUGGGCAGUUAGUGACAAAAGUUAUGGAGGGCUUAGUUUUUCAUCUCAAGAUGUUGGUGAGAUUCUUGCUAUUUCAGGUUUUGGGCUUUUAUUGUUCCAGCUUCUACUAUAUCCAUUAAUCGAGAAACUUCUGGGCCCACUCACUGUCACACGCCUUUCAGCUGUUAUAUCAAUACCUAUUUUAUCAACUUAUCCAUACAUAGCAACGCUUUCAGGGUUUUCUCUUCUUCUAGCUGUCAAUUGUGCAUCACUAAUAAGGAAUUUUUUAUCAGUGUCGCUGGUGACUGGGUUAUUCAUUUUGUUAAAUAAAUCUGUUGCCCAACAUGAGCGAGGAGCUGCUAAUGGCAUUUCAAUGACAGCCAUGUCUGUCUCUAAAGCAUUUGGUCCAGCUGGCGCAGGAGCACUCUUUUCUUUUGCACAAAAACGUCAAGUUGCUGCCAUACUCCCAGGUGAUCAACUGGUAUUCUUUGCAUUGAACAUCCUUCAGUUUGUCGGGCUGGUUUUAACCUUCAAGCCUUUCAUGGCGCAACCCGUUGCAUAGAACACAAGAAAGAUAUUUGUACAUUCAUUCAUGCCCUUAUUAUUAUUAUUAUUAUUAUUAUUAUUAUACAGUAUAAAAAAGAAAAAGAUGUGA